GCAAGAUGGAUCGAAGACAAGGUGGCGCUGAUGAUUGGGAAUGCUGGAACAACGAAGAUGGCUUCAACAAUCAAGAUCAGUGGAACAACCAAGAAGGCUUCAACAAUCGGGAUCGUCGGAACAACCUAGAUGGCUUCAACAAUCAGGAUCGUCGGAACAACCUAGAUGGCUUCAACAAUCGGGAUCGUCGAAACAACCAAGAUGGCUUCAACAAUCAGGAUCGUCGGAACAACCAAGAUGGCUUCAACAAUCGGGAUCGUCGGAACAACCAAGAUGGCUUCAACAAUCGGGAUCGUCGGAACAACCAAGAUGGCUUCAACAAUCGGGAUCGUCGGAACAACCAAGAUGGCUUCAACAAUCGGGAUCGUCGGAACAACCAAGAUGGCUUCAACAAUCGGGAUCGUCGGAACAACCAAGAAGGUUUCAACAAUCGGGAUCGCCGGAACAACCAAGAUGGCUUCAACAAUUGGGAUCGUCGGAACAACCAAGAUGGCUUCAACAAUCGGGAUCGCCGGAACAAUCAAGAUGGUUUUAACUACCGAGACUACAACAAUGGCCAAGGCAAUAAGGGCUGUGACUACAAAAGAGAAUACAACAAUCAGAAUCAAGCCACUAACAGUAACUGGGAUCAUGAACAGAGGAAAUGUUUAGAGAAGAAUUGGGAAUGUACGGUUUGUCAAUUUUCAAACUACCCUACCAGAACCACUUGCUAUAAAUGCAAAAAUUGUAAAGAGUUCAGACCAUCAACUAGUACUGACAACAAAGCCCAAGAAUGGAAACCAAUUGAUUGGGAUGCAUUUCAUAACAGAAGCGAGAGGAUUGAAAAGGAACGUUGGGCUGUUCAACCACCUAUAGAGAAGAAUUUGUAUAUUGAAGACCCUGAAAUAGCUAACAUGAGUUAUGCAGAAGUGCAGAGGUUCAGGGAGAAGAACUUUAAGAUGACAGCACACUUUGAUGAAGGUGGGUCUGAUAAGAUUAUACCAAAUCCUGUGGUCACCUUCAAGCAAGCUUUUGGACCAUAUCCUAAAAUGUUGGCAGAAAUAGAACGACAGGGUUUUACGGAUCCAACUCCUAUACAGAGUCAGUCAUGGCCAGUCUUACUGCAGGGAUAUGACAUGAUUGGCAUUGCACAAACAGGCACUGGAAAGACAUUGGCCUUUCUUUUGCCAGCGUUGCUACACAUUGUUGCCCAGCCAACCCCUAGGAUGGAUCGUGUAGGGCCAACUUGCCUAGUUGUUGCACCUACUCGAGAAUUGGCUCAGCAGAUUGAAAAGGAGGUGUCCAAAUACCAGUAUGAAAAUAUAAAUUGUGUGUGUGUAUAUGGUCAGGGUGACAAACUUCAGCAGAUAAGGAAAAUUAAUGCCAAGGCAGAAAUUGUUGUUGCCACUCCAGGGAGAUUAAAUGAAUUUGCUGAGAAAGGUAUCAUUGAUCUAAGUGGUGUGUCCUACCUAGUCCUUGAUGAAGCAGAUCGCAUGUUAGACAUGGGAUUUGAACCACAAAUACGUAAGAUUGUGUUGGAUAUCCAACCUGAUAGACAAACUGUUCUGACAAGUGCAACAUGGCCCGAGGGCGUUCGAGACUUGGCCAGCAAGCUUUUGAGGACUCCCAUUCGUGUUGUUGUAGGGUCUUUGGAUCUACAGGCUGUGCACACAGUUACCCAAUCUGUAAUCAUGUGUAGUGAGAACGACAAGAGAGAUAAGUUGGUGGAGUUUAUCAACGGUUUGUCAAAAAAAGACAAAGCUAUCGUUUUCGUUGGGAGGAAAACCAUGGUGGAUUACCUCACUGUGGAGAUGAUGGAAGAAGGAUUGUAUGUUCAAAGUAUGCAUGGUGAUAGAGAUCAGCAUGACCGAGAGCAGGCACUGAACGACUUAAAAACUGGAAAAAUCAGAGUCCUCAUUGCUACUGAUGUUGCUGCACGAGGAAUUGACAUCACAGAUGUGACAAAUAUUUUGAACUAUGACUGUCCAAGAGACAUGGAGGAAUAUGUCCAUCGUGUUGGACGCACAGGCCGUGCUGGACGUAAAGGUAAAGCCUUUACGCUGGUCACACGAGAAGACUGGAGAAUUGCUGGCAAACUAGUGGAGAUUAUGGAGAAAUCCAACCAGGAGAUCCACCCUGAAUUAUACCGUAUGAAGGAGCGCUGGGAGGAGGCUAAAGCUGCAAAAGAAUUUCAAGGUCGAAGAGGUCGCUUUGGAAACAGAGGUGCAAGAAAUGAUAAAUGGGGUGUGUGAAUAUAAUACCCACAAGUAAAGGAUUGUGUUUAAAGGAAUUAAUAUUUGUUUUUUCCGAUGUGUGGCAGUCAUGUAAGGAACAACUUUAACUAUAUUUGAAUUACUAAAUCCUGUUUUGUAGCAACUAAGUGUUUUGUAAAAAAAAAAAAAAGGAAUAUGAUUUACAAAAAAUACUGAAUUAAAUAAGAGUAUUUACACUGUUGGUUUUCGUUUCUACAUAGUCUUAACUAAGUAGCUUCAGGAUAUUAUAUGUUUACUACAUUUGUAAUAAAUUGGCAAGGCUUUUAUUUCAUUAUUAUUUCUCUAUAGUACUACAUAGUUUAGAGGUCCUUACUUACUCAUUCCCUCAGUGUCAGACAUUAUACGUUUUUAUACAUAAAGUUGUUCGGGUUACUUCUAUUUUUCAUUCAUUUAGGGCCAAUUGUUAAUGUGACUUUCUGUUAGCUAAAAACUUUGGGACCAAGAGGCUUCCUUGAAGUGUAUAAUUGUGAAAAUUUCGAAAAAAAUUUAAAACUCCUAUUCAUCUGUCAGAGGACAUACAUUUUCAAUCUUACGUAUAAUAAAUCAAUAAUAAUAAAAGAAAUGCCGGUAAUUAUCAUAAGGUAUAAAAUAUUUUUUACUCUUAAUAUUGGGUUCCUGAAAACCCAUUGUUAAGUGAAAUGAUCGUUAAAUGGGGGAUAACGAGGAAUAAAAUCCUAAACAAGGGAUAAUGAGGAAUAAUAUCUGUUGAGAUGGCAUGUAAUUGUGUAUCUGACUCACCACCCAGUAUUACUCGGCGGGUUAGGCUGAACUGUGAUGUAUGUUAUUGUUCAACUCUUAAUUUCAGGUAAAUGUUUUUUUUAUACUGUUAUGUACACAUACAAUCCUUCAUACAGAAUGUGCAAAAUAAAAUCAUUAUCAUAAGGUCAAAAACAUAAAGGGAAUAAAAAUUUUUUAAGUUUGUAGGAGUUAGCACACAGCUGGGGAGGGGGGAGAAGUGUGGAGAUCUCUCAGCUGCUCACUGUGUUGUGUCCUGUGGGGAGUGAAAUGGUUGUCAAAUGGCAAUGCAGUAUUUUUUAUUUUAUUUUAUUUAUUAUUUUGAUUUAUUUAUUCCUCACAUUUACUGGUACAGGGGGUCCUCGUUAUAAGAGUACUGUAUUUACUAUCCGUGGUUUUUCAGUUACGUGGUCAACUUUUUGUGACUUAAAAAGUCCCUGCAUUUAAGAGGAUUCCUCUCAAAAACUCUGAAAACUCCAGAUAAAAUCUAAGGUAUUUUAGCUGAAGCAUUUGAAAUUUCAUCCUCUUCAUGGCGUCAUGCAUGCACCUACGUGCCUCCGUGUCAGUUUCCCACUUUGUUUCAUCCAGACCAGUGCUGUGUUGACCCCUGCCUUUGUUGUCUUUUCGUGCAUGUUGUGGUGAUUUAUUUUAGAAUUUUUGUAGCCAUGAGUUCCCAACCCAAAUAGGGUGGUGCAGAGCUCAAAAAGAAGCUUCCUAGUUACAGUAUAUGCGUAAAAUUAAAAGUGUUAAGGAAAAAGAGGCAUGAACGAGUGAUUGACAUCACUCGUGCCUUUCAUAUACCUGAAACAACCGUACUUUUGAAGAUAAGCAAAUAGAAAUAUUUUAUUGUUAAAAUUAUUUAUCUUUUAAACAUUAAGUAUAGUAUAUUGUCUCAGUAAACCAUUGGAAUGAGUGUGUGCCAGCAACGGUGGCUGCAGUUCACCGGGUCGCUGGCACAACCUACAUUGCCUCAACAUACCGACCCCAAUGAACCUUGGGGACAUUAAAUUACUUAUAAAUUUAAAUAAUUUAUUAAAAUAAUGUGUUAUCAAAUGUUUAACAAAUGUUUUUAAAGUAAAUAAUUGUUAGAAGAUAUCAUAAAAAUUUUUGAGUCAUGUACAAUGGCAUGGUCCCAAUUUAACUUAUUUCCAUUAUUUCUUAUUGGAUUAAUUCCUUGCUUUAAGUGCAUUCAUUAUCAGUGACGUUUUUCUGUUCCCAAUUAAUCGCUGAUAGCGAGGACCCCCCUACAAUAUACACAAGAUAGAGUUCAGCAGUGACCUCGAUUAAUCAGAUUUCAACGUACCACAAUUCGGUGUUUUCAUACUCUCUGAGGUGCUCGAGAUGCUCUGAACUGCCAGCAUCAUUCCAGAUGAUUUGUGUGUUUAUACAUGCGGUUGAACGUCUGUGAGUUAGUGUUGUGCAGCACGUGUCUCACUGUCUCGGACUCUGUCUCAGUCUGAGUCCUGCCUUCAUAUGUAUAGUAUCAGUGUGCCGCACCUUGCUACCAACACUCAUUUAUGUGAACUUUUUUGUGUAGAGUACGUAGUGUCUUUAACGGAGAUACUAGAGGGUUUUAAGAAAUGAGUAAAAAUUAUGUUAGUAUGUAUUUUAGGAAAUUAGUAAAAUAAAAAAUCUAAGUAAAUCUUAUAAAAUUAACAAAACUUGUUCAUUGAAUACUGUAAAGUGGUCUAAUCAGAUUUGCUGUAGGCCUACCAAGAAAUAAGACGCUGCAUAUAUAAGCAGACUGAGGGGGGUGCAUGGGGUUGGAUUAUUUAUUGAUUCAGUACAGUAUUAUAUUUUCGAAGGGUCAGCCUUUUAUGGUGUAUGGUUCAUUAUGAUUAAUAUAACAUCUUAAAUAAUAGAGAAAAAAAAGUUACUGUAUAUGUAAUUUGACUUAAAAAUAAAAGAGGGACAUAGCUGUACCAGGGGUAACUGCGAUGCUGUUUGAACACCUACUUAUAUUAUUUUUGCUUUCAUUAAUGCUGUUUAUAUGCUUUUGUUAUUGAUGUUUAUGUACCUACAAUUUUAAGUUUUAGUGUACAGUUAAAGCUACUUUUAGGGGUGAAUCUAGUGACCUCCACAGGCAGUUGCAUAGAGUUUACUGUACAUUUUAUGCCUGGUGCUCCAGAUUCCAGAAAAAACAUCUUAACCAGCAACCUCCAGGUCCUAAGCAUGUUGGAUAAAUACUCCUGUAACUGUAGGAUAAAUAGUCCUGUAACUGUAUAGUAAUUGUAUAUACAUUAUGUGUACUGUGUGUGUUUAAUGAUUACCUAUAGAAGGGUCACUUUUGGUUUAUGGAUACCCUCCAGGAACGGAACUCCUCUGCAACCAAGGAAGUGUCUUUGCCAUGGGGGAUAUGUUUGUUUACAUUGGGAGGAUCCAAUGUAAACAAACAUAUCCCCCAUCAUACUGUACUUC